UUAAUAAUGAGAAUGUACUAAUUAUACACCGCGGGGGAGUAAUUAUUAAUACGAAGCUAAGGAUUUGUUCUAUGGUCCGAAGAAGCUCGAGGGAUUGUCCCAUUUUUCUCCCACUGCCGCCGCUGCUUCGCUGCCAUCGGCAGAAAGAGACGCUGUAGAGGCAGAUCGGGGGAGGAGAUGGUGGGCGUGAAGUGAGCCAUUGGGGGCGGACGAGUGCGUCGCGAGUGAGGUCAUCGCAAGGGCUUCCUUGGUCUGCUCGCCGUCCGUGGAUUUUUCCCGCUGGCUUUUAGGGUUCCCCUGCGCUUUCCCCUCCCCAUGCGAUCGCUUCGUUCCGGAGGGAUCCAAGUACUGAAGCCCUAACUCUGCCCCCAUUCCUGGAUCGAGAUCGAGAGCGGGUGGGUCUUCCUUGUUCUUCGCUCUGGCGGGGAUCAGGGGCACGCUCACCCUCGUCCUGGUGUCCGCGCUCGCCCGCCUUGCCGAUCUCUUCGAUUUCAAGACCCGAAGGCGCCGCCGGCGUAGGGGCUGUGGCCGGCGGGGUGGUGGAACCAUGCUCUGGGUUGCCCGCCUCUCCGGCCUGUGCUCCCUCGCCAUGGUCAUGGUAGUGCUGUCCCCUUCCCUCCAAUCCUUCCCCCCUGCCGAGGCUAUCCGGUCGUCUCAUUACCUCCGCAUCCCCGCCGGCGGCGGCGGCUACAACCACCACCUUGCCGCGGCAUCCGGCGACGCCGAAAGCCUCGUGUUCCGGAGGGCGCCGCGAUUCCACAAUGCCGCCGAGUGCGAGCCCCCGUCGGCGAACGGAACCUCGGUCUGCGACCCCUCGCUGGUGCACAUCGCCAUCACCCUCGACGAGGAGUACCUGCGCGGCUCGAUAGCGGCGGUCCACUCGGUGCUCACCCACGCUCGGUGCCCGGAGAACGUUUUCUUCCACUUGCUACUGUCGGAGCCGGGCCUGGAGUCGGUGGUGAGGUCCGCCUUCCCGGGCCUCCGCUUCAAGGCGUACUACUUUGACCCCGACCGGGUCCGGGCGCUCAUCUCUACGUCGGUGCGGCAGGCACUGGAGCAGCCGCUCAACUACGCCCGUAACUACCUGGGGGACAUCCUUGAGCGGUGCGUUAACCGGGUUAUCUACCUCGACUCCGACCUGGUGGUGGUUGACGACAUCGGCAAGCUAUGGCGGACACGGCUGGGGUCGCGGGCCGUAGGCGCACCAGAGUACUGCCACGCUAACUUCACCAAGUACUUCACCGACCGGUUCUGGUCCGACCAUCGCCUCGCGGCCACGUUCGCCGGCCGCCGGCCGUGCUACUUCAAUACGGGGGUGAUGGUGCUGGACCUAGUCCGGUGGCGGCGCGCCGGUUACACGCGCAGGAUCGAGAGAUGGAUGGAGGUGCAGAAAAGCGGUGCCGCCCCCAGCGGUGCCGGCCGUAUCUACGAGCUGGGGUCGCUACCGCCCUUCCUGCUGGUGUUCGCCGGCCACGUUGCACCGAUCGAGCACCGGUGGAACCAACACGGCCUGGGCGGGGACAACGCCAGAGGCAGCUGCCGGGACCUCCACCCAGGGCACGUGAGCCUUCUCCACUGGAGCGGUAGCGGCAAGCCAUGGGUGCGGCUCGACUCGAAACGGCCGUGCCCGCUCGACCACCUCUGGGCUCCCUACGACCUAUACGGCCCCGCUGACGCUUGACGCCGCUGCCCCCAGCCGUGGACCGAUUCUAGUGCAAUGCAGCUCUGUUUCUAAAACAGGAAAAUUUGGGGGGCUUUGUUCUCGGUUUGGAUGCACACGAACUGGUUCUACUAAGCUUCUAACGGCCGGCAAUGACGUUGUGUCGCAGUAGGAAGUCUAUCUUGUUUGAUUCGCCUAAUGUAGGUAUAGAUUAAUGAGUUCUUGUUUCAGAAAUCCAGAAAAAAAAGGUAAAUCCUCGAGGCAAGAGAGGUGUGCAGAAGAAUAGGUGUCGAAGACCGGAGAGGUGGGGGCGCCGUGGCUCAACGUUCGCUGGCAGCAAAACGCCUGUGAAGCACCUCCCCAUAACGGUCUCAUCUUUGGCUCAUUCUUCUUCUCUCUCUCUUAUCUGAUCCUAAUCUUAUGUCAUUCCUUUAAAUGAGUUAUCGAUCUAGUAGUGUGCACAGAGCCGAAGGGGCAGACGUCACCUCUCCGAUUUGGUCCUCGUCUUCUCCAGUUGGGUGUCGGUGGAUUUUGGACGAUAACGACGACUCCGUUUGCCUCUACUUUUGCGUUUUCUGUAACAGUUACUUUGAACUCGAGUAUGAUUUUUAACCUUAGAUCAUCUUUUAGCAACACUAUGGGUUUUGCUUUGGUGGGUGCGCGAAUCUGAUACAUGUUCUGAUGAGAGGGGGAAUCUGUCAUCCUUUGGGGUCAUGGAGGUCGGAGAGAAGUGAUAGAUAGACCAUUUGUCCCCGCUAGAUGUGGUCCUUGCACAGGAGAGAAGUCUAUGGGAUGUGGUGGAAAGAGUCUUCACUUCAUUCACUCACCUUGUUUGUUCAUUUAGCUGCAGAUGGGGAGUCAUACAUCACGAAGACGACGGCGGCGAAGAAGGAAAGAGAUCUCUGGGUUGAGGCUGAGAAGCGGUGUUCUUUGCGACACAACUCAAUCACUUCUCAAAUGGGGGGAAUGGUUGAUCGGAUUCAUAGUCCUUGAAUUGAUUCCAUCUCACUAACUUGGGGCCGGCAAAAGACAACCUUUCCAACAUAGUAACUCGUACCAGUCUUCAACCUCUUCCUCACACAGACCCCUUUACUCCACUGAACACAAACUAUUGCCUGCCUGCCUUGCCAUGGGAUUCUCUCUUUCCCCUGUCUUGAGUCAAUCUGACUUCACCGGAUCGAUCUUAAUGGAGGGGAGGAGGCUUUGGCUUUAGUUACAUCACUCUCUUUUGUCAUUACUGAUGCUACUGAUGCUACUGAUGCAAAGUGAAGGCAGGCUCUUCAACCUGCUGUCACGAAGGCGAGGAUAAAAGCUUAGAGAAUUAUGAAGAGAGAGAGAGAGGUGUCCCCACUUCUGCAGCUGUUGAUAGAAUCAAAAUCUAUGUCAUGGACCCAAUGACUUGCUCCAAUCAGUAUGGUCCAAACAUUUAUUUACCAGUGUCAGUAAAGUUUUCAUAAAAUAUGUCUGCAAAGGACUUGGUGCCGUGGUUCAGCA